GUCGAUGCACAGCAGAAGUUGGAGAACUCCAUUCUAACUGAAUGGAUUGGCAUGGGGAAAAGGGGACCUCACAAUUUGGCUAAGCUGCAGCUUUGGGACUGGAUUUCGUUUAUGAUGGUUUUUGUUUCGCUGUUGUUUCGACCAGUUCACUGUCAGACAUGUCGGAUCCAGCGCUGCAAUGCUGAGUACGUGGCCUCGUUCUCGCCCUCUGGUGGCCUUCAGGAGGAAGCGCUACCUGACGUGGACCACUGCAUCGCCCUGAGGGCCUAUUCCCUUUGCACGCGCCGUACCGCCCGCGGUUGCCGCGGAGACCUGGUCUACCACUCCGCCGUCUUCCGCAUCAAAGAGCUGUUCGCCCAACACAACUGCUCCAGCGAUGGCCCCACAUCCUCGGUCAAAGCCCCCAGCACUGCCCGGCCCGCCGCGGUGGACCUGUGCGAUUACGAGAGCCGGGCCUUCGCCACGGGCCCCGUCGAGCAGCAGAGGAAGUACGGCCACUGCGGAUUAUUCGGGGAUCCCCACCUGCGGACGUUCCGGGACGAGUUCCAGACGUGUCGCGUGGAAGGAGCUUGGCCGCUCAUCCACAACCGCUACCUGUCCGUCCAGGUGACCAACGUGCCGGUCGUGGAAGGUUCCAGCGCCACCGCCACUAACAAGAUAACGGUCAUCUUUAAGUCCUACCACGAGUGCACCGAACAGAAGGUUUACCAAGCCACAACCGAGGACUUACCCUCCGCCUUCCAGGACGGGACCCGCAGCGGCGGGAAAGGGGGCAGCCUGUGGAUCGUGGAGGGCAGCGGUGGCGGGGGCGUCGCCGCCGGGGGGAGGCAGGUGAAGAUCCACGCCCGUUACCUGGGCACGUCCAUCAUCGUGCGCCGGGUGGGCCGAUACCUGACCUUCGCCAUCCGCAUGCCGGAGGACUUCGCCGAGGAGAACGGCGGACUCCAGCUUUGCCUGCACGGCUGCCCGAGGAACGAGGUCAUCAAAGCGCACGUCCUCAACCAGCAGAGCCUCCGCCCGCACGUCCUCGGGGACUGGUACGGCGAAAACUCGGAGAUCAAAGCCGGACUGCCGGCCGGAACGCUCGAACGCGCCACCACCCGGUGCAGGGAGACCCUGCAGGUGGAAGACGUUUACUUCCAGUCGUGCGUGUUCGACCUGCUCACGACGGGAGACCCCGAGUUUUCGCUCGCCGCUUACGGCGCAAUGCAGGACCUGAAAGCUCUACCCCCCAGCACGCUGAGACAGAGCCCGCCCAGGAUUACUGAGCUGUACGACAGGGGUGGGGGCACACGCAGCCAUGGCUGCUCCCCCCCGCUCCUCACGGCUCUGUUAUUGGCACUGCUGCUGUUGUAG